UUUCAUCCCUCUCCUGGGGCUGCACCCCCCCCCCGCAGUGCCCCUGAACCUCCUGCCUGGCGGGGGAUGGGGGUGGCUUUCCAGCACAGCUGCCCCUCAAGUUUCCCAGAACAGCCUGCCCACCUCCCCCCAGCACUCACAUUGUUCCUGUUUGGGACCCUCCAAGGCCAGCUAGGGCUGACUGUGCUCCGCCCUCCGCAGCCAGGGACACUGAGUGGGUUGGAGGUGUCUGCUGAGGAGGACAGAAUUCCUCGUAGCUGUGUGGCCCUGCUUCCUGCCCUAGAAUGGCUUGGGGCUUAGGACUGGGGAGUUGGAGUCGCAGCUGUAAGGUGGCAAGGCCUGCCCAUCCUCCAGAGGCGAAGACGAGGCCUCUCUGCUGCGGCCAUGGUGUCUGCGCCCACCCUUCCACUCGGGGGCUGGCCACAGGGUUCUGGGUCCCCCAUGACACUGCACAUGACCUGGUUGACCCAGGACCCCUUCCACGUUGACAGCCCUGGCUACACCUGCUUCAGUGCAAUUGCAGCCCUCAGCCUUUCCUCUCCAGAGGGCGCUGGCUCUGCUGGUGCGCUGGGGGUCUCCCCUGCUCCACGGGGGUGGCAUCUGCACUCACCCUGCAUUGCCUGUCCCCUGAGGUUCCAGGGUCUACUGUCUACUAAAUGGCUUCCUGACAGGGUGAGAGUGAGGUUGCAUCUACACGUGGAGCUGGUGCUUCCCCGCCCUCACCUAUUUUCGUGGAAGCCAGCUGCUUAGCUACCUGCGGGUGUCGUUGGCCCCACCCUAUUUCCCAGGCUUUAAAGGCAGCAGGACUCCACAGGCCUCCCGGGGCAUAGACAGCUCUGGUAUGACCGGCACACCCAGUGAGGGCCCCAGAGCUGCAGUGUGGGAGGUAGGGACCUGGGUUCAAAUCCUGCCCCUCUGGCGUGGGACGGGCUCUUCUCAGAUUUUUGGCCUCUGUAUUCCCCGCCUGAGAAGUGGGGACCAGCCCAGUUUCCUUGCUCUAGAGCUGCACAGACAAUCAGCCGGCACGGGAGCGGGGUGGGGUGGCUGCAAAUCCAGACCACAGAUCCUGACCCGCCUUGCCCAUGAUGACUGCCCACAUCCUCCUCCUGCUGUUGCUCCUCGCUUUCUCUGCCCAAGGGGACCCGGACUCUGCGGCCAGGCGAGGCCAGCACCAGGACGCCCUCCAGCACCAUGAGCACGUCUGGUCCCUGGGCGUACGCCGGACUCACCGCCUGCUGGAGAUCAUACACUGGAUUCGCUCUGCCUCCGCCAAGGAGCCCUCGGGAAAGUCCAGCCGCGAGCCUCAGGACCCCUACAGCUAUGGGCGCCGGCGGCGGUGACGCAAGGCAGAAGCCCGGACCAGCUCCCAGGACGUCAGCCUGCAGCGAGGGGGCCAGCACAAUGCCCAGCUCGUUGGGUGACCUCAGGCACAGCUGGUCACCUCCUCGGCUUCAGUUUGCCUGUCUGUAUAUUGGCACUUCUACCCCACCUUUCUUCUCCCCUAACACCAGCUUCUGAGACUGUCUUCCCCAGUCCCUCCCCAGGCUGUGACU